AUGUCAGAAAGAUAAGUAUAUAUUUUAUUCAAAUUAGUAGAAAGCUAUACGAGCUUAAUCAGCUAAAAAUCCUAAUUAAAAAAUACCUUCUAGCCAACCUUAUGGAUAUUCUGUUAAAGGAUUUAAAAUGUAACUUAAUUUAUUUACUAAGUGCGAAAAAGGUUAAAGUGAAUAACUUGGUAGAGGAGAGACCAUAAAGUGGUUAGAACGAUAUAAAAGCUAGAUAGAUUUAACAAGAAACUGAUUUUUUUAGAAAUAAUAUGGAAGUGUAUGAUAAAGAAAGACUUUUUGAGCAUUUAUCCUAAGCUAAAACACAAAUCAACCUCUUGAAGACAGAUAAUUAUUAAUAAAGGACUACAAUUUUAUAAUAAGAAGUAUUGCUAAUAAUAUAUUGAUAGAAAACAAUACAAAAAUAUGAGAGAAUCAUAGAGGAUUUUCAAAAUAAUGGUAAUUUGAAAAAUGUAUAAAUGAAAUUGGGAGUUGAGGUUAUAAUUCUAUAUUGAUAUCAUUAGACAUCACUAUUUCUUUAAAUGAAAAGACAAAUAAAAGAGUAAUAAAAUGAAUUGAGAGAAAAGGAAAUAACAAUAUAAAAUUUUAAGAAAAAUGCUAAAGUAAGCAAAUUCUAAGAACUUGAUGUAAGAAAUAUUUAAUAAUCAAGGCUGAAAUCAGAGAAGUUUAUGAAGAACUAUAAAGAUUAAGAGAACUACUAAAAGAACGAGAUGAAAUAUUAUAAUAAUAAUAAAAGUAAUGUUAAAUAUAUCAUAGUCAUGUUCAGGAGCAUUCUUCAAAUAAUGAAAUUGUUAAGGAGUUGCAAUAAUAGAAUGAAAGCUAUCUUAAAGAUAAUUAAGAAUUAGUUCAAAUUGUCAAGUAAAAAUAAUUAUUAAUUAUAGACUUUAUGAAGAGAGGAAUAAUCAAUUAGAACAUUAGGUUUAACAAUAAUAGAAAACAAUAAAUAAAUAAGCCAGAGAUCUUUAGUUAUUAAAUCAAAAAUUAUAAGUAUUCAAGAAAAGAGGAGCUAAUGGCUAAUAUUUAAUUAGUUAGGAAGAGAUUGAUAAGGAUAUAGAAGAAAGAACUAAAUUGAAUUAUUUAGUAGAAGAAUAAAAAGAGAAAAUUAAAAAAUUAGAAUAACAAUUAAAGAAAUUUUAAUCAGAUAAUAGAAAAUAAUUGGAAUAGAAAUAAGGAAGAAAUUUAUAAUAAUAACAAUCAUUAAGUCCAAAGAAUUAAAAUAAUAAUAAUUCUUAAUAAUAAUAAUAAAUAGCAUAGUUUUAAUAAUAAGAAUAAUUAAGAUAAAAUAAUAGUACAGAUUCUAUUUUACUUGAUUAAGAAUUAGCAUAAUGUUAUGCUGAUGAAAUACGUUGUUAAUUGCAUUUAGAUAAUAUUCCCUUUGCUAAAUUUAAGGAAGUAUUAAAUUUAUAUCAUUAUAGAAAUUAUCCACACUCAAUAAAGGAAGAUUAAAUGAAAAUGGAGUUGUUGAGUUUCUAAAGACCAAAUUAGAUAUGGAUGCAAUCAAAGCAUAAAAAUUUGCUAAAGCCUUACUCAAAAGUGAUGGAUAUGAUUAACCUAUUCAAAAAAUGAUAAGUGCCAAUAGAUUUAAAAAUAUGAUAUUGUCUCUUAUUCAAGAAUACAUAACUUAUGAUGGAUAAUCAAUAUAUUAAGAAGUUAGAAAAGUAAAUAGAGUAUUUAUCCCAUUUAUAGACUUUACUAAAACAUAAAGAAGAACUUACAAGAAAAUUCAAGUUGAAAUUUUACAAUUAAGAAUACAUAAAUAUAAGAUAAUUUGAAUAAUUAAUAUUAGAGUCUUAAAUAUCAAUUACUGAUUUGUAAAAGGAUUAAUUAUUUAUUCACAUUUAUUAAGUAUAUAGGGAUUUGAUUUAAUUAUAAUGGGAACAAUUCUUUAGAGAUGAUUUUAAGGUAGAUUCAUAAAAUAAAUAAAUUAAUUAGUAAAAAUUAAAUUCUCCUCCAAAUACAUAAAAAUAAGACAGCCCUAAUGAUUAUAUAAAGAUAUAAACAUAAAAUUCAGAUACUUCAAAAUAAGCUAAAAUAAGAAGUCAUGCUAGAAAUUCAUCUUAAAUUAUUGAUAAUGAUCCAAACUAUCAAUCUGCAAAAGAAAGUAAAAAGAAUAAUGAAGAAGAGGAGAAUUAUGAUGAUUAUUUCGAGAGAGAUGAGGAUAAGGAUUCUAAAAACUCAGCUAAACCAAAAGAAUAGGAUUAAAAGGAGAAUGUAGAAGAAGAAUAUUAUGAAUAGUUUGAUGAUUAUUAAUAAAAACCUUAAGAAGAUUAAGAGGAUGCAGCAAUGAAGAUUUAGCUUGCUUAUAAAAAGAAAAAGUAAAAGGAAGAAGGUAAAAAGAUUCUAUAGGAUUAGAAAGAAAAGAAGAGAUAAUAUCUUGAAGAAAAAAAGAAGAUGUAGGAAUUAUAAUUAAAGAAAUAGCAAGAAGAGAAAAAAAGAUAAGAGGACGAGUAAAGGAAAAUUUUGGAAGAUUAAAAAAGAAAAUAAGAGGAAGAGUAAAGGAAAAUUUUAGAAGAUUAAAAAAGAAAAUAAGAAGACUUAAAAAGAAAGGAAGAAGAAAGAAAAAGAAAAGAAGAGGAAUUAAAACGAUAGGAAGAAGAAAGAAAGAGAAAAGAAGAAGAGGAAUAAAAAUAAAAAGAAGAAGAAUAAAGAAAAUAUGAAGAAUAAUAAAGGAAAGAGGAAGAGGAAAAAGCAUUGUUAAUAUAAAAUGCUUAUAAAUAAAAAAAGUAGAAAGAGGAGGGUAAGAAAAUAUUAGAAUAGAAAAAAAAGGAAAAAGAAUAAUAUUUAGCUGAAUUACAAGCAAAAAAGUAAGAGGAAGAAUAAGAAUAAGAAAGAUAGAGAAUAUUAAAAGAAUAAGAGGAGAAAGAAAAACUUUUAAAAGAAGAAGAGGAUGCUGCUAUGAAAAUAUAAUUAGCAUAUUAAAAAAAGAAAUAAAUUGCAGAAGCUAAAGCUUUAUUAGAAUAAAAAAAGAGAGAAAAAUUUGUCAAUGACUAAAAAUAAAAAGAAGAAGAUAGGAUAAGAAGAUAGAAGGAGAGGGAAGAAAAAUUAAAGAAAGAAUAAGAGGAAAGUGCUUUGAAAAUAUAAAAGGCUUUUAAAAACAAAUAGUAAAUUGAUGAAGCAAAAUAAAUGUUGGAGAGUAAACGAAAUGAAAGAGAUUCAGUAUGUAAAAAUCAAAAGAAAGGUAAUAAGGAUAAAAAAGAAAAAAAAAAUAAUGAAGAUGAUUAUGAUUUUGAAUUUGAAUAAGAGCUUGAUGAUUAAUUAGAAGUAAAGAAAGAAAUUAAGGCUAAAGAAGAGGAAAUUAAUAUGGCAGCAUCAAGAAUUUAAGGAGCAUAUAGACACAAAAAAAAUAAAUCAGAAGGAAAGAAAUUAUUAGAAGAACUUAAAGAAGAAAGAAGGAUUGAAGAAUUGAAAAAGAAAGAGGAAGAGUAAAAAUAAAAAGAAUAACAAGAGUUAGAUGAUGUAGCUGUUAAAAUUCAAAAAGCUUACAAAAAGAAAUAAUAGAAAGAAGAAGGAAAGAAAAUUUUAGAGGAAAAAAGAAAAUAAAAGGAAUUAGAGGGUUAAUAAAAAAAUAAUAUUUUAGAAUAAUAAUAGAAAGUUACCUAAGAAAUUUAGAGAGAUAAUUAAAAAAAUGAAGAUUAAGCUUAAAUUGUUAAUUAAGUUAAUGAUGAUGAUGGAUAUGGUAAUGAGAAAUUUGAGGAUGGUACUGAUAAUGAUAAAUUUACUAAUCCAGCCUUAGUUUAAAAUUAGAUUUAGUAAAUAUAAGUUGAGGAAGAUGAAAAAGUACCUGAUGACCCAGUGGCAGAACAAAUGGAGGAUAAGUUAUUUAAUAGUGUUGGAAUAUUAGUAAAAAUUUAAUUAAUUUAUUUUAGUAAAUAUCAAUAAAUAAAGAGGAAGUAUCUGAUGCUGAUUAACUUUUAUGA